AUGAACCAAAACCCCUCCCAAAACCAAAAUUCAAUUCCCACAAUACAGCCCUCCCAGGCCACCAAGCUCUUAAAUGCCCUCAAAGAGCAGCUUGCGCAGGCCCAGAGCGCCGGAGCAGACACCGCCAAAGCGAAACAGCACUACGCUCGAGCGGAGCAAAUCAAGCAGGUUUUGCUAAACUACCGCCAGCAGCAGCAGAGGCAAAGGUCUGCGGGUGCUGCUGCUCCAGGUGGUGCUGCCAAUGGCGCUGCAAACACUCCAAGUGUCGGUGGAGCACCAAACCAAAUGAACACAAGCCAGACUGCCCCACAGCAGAUGCAGAGCUCACCGGUUGGGCUGAGCGUGCCUGCUGGGAAUAGUGGAGUGUCUGGCCAGUACGGUCUGUCGCAGUAUGGCGCCAGAAACAUGGGAAGUUCGGGUCCAGUUGGCGGUGCUGGUCCAGCCAGUAGUCCUGGUGUAAAUACGUCGCAAGGCGCUCCGCGGAGUGGAACCACGCCUGGAGCCACCGGCGGAUUGCCCAACACUGCCGUCACCGUCGAAAGGUACCAGGAUCUCCGCAAGAGACUCUUGUUGUUUGAACAGAAGAUACGUACUCUUGAGUCCUCCAGAAGACCAGAUAUGUCCGCUGACGAGGCCAACAAGUUGAAGACCGAGAUCCAAGAAACAAGACAGAAGUAUACCCAGUAUUCUCGGUACCUCACAUAUAUGAAGAGUCAGCUCGUGGGGCAGGCGCAAGGAGCAAACGCUGCCGGCCCAACUCCUACUGGAUCCGGCGGGGCUCCUCUUCCAAACACAACACCUUUAUCGGCGACCGGUCCUGUUCCUUCUGCUCCUAUGAGCGCGGGUCCAUCUGGCCAAGGUGUCUCGACCCCCACGGUCACAAAUGCGCUGAUUGCAGCUUCCAAUGCUGACAACGCUCAAAGCGCGGGACAAGGCCCACCAUCUCGUGCACUGGGAAGCACUGGUGCAGUUCCUACUGUGAAACAGGAGGGUUCAUUCUCCAGCGUAAAUUCAAGAGACACAAUGGUGGGAUCCGGUGUCAAUUUGUCCCUGGUUACCAAGCCUAGUGUUCCUACACUCCCCAUUUCGAAUUCUAUCAACGUCAAGCCUUCAAACCCUGUGGUCAUCAAGCCUGGCGCCAACAACAUCAGGCCCACAUUGACAGGAGGGAGUUCUACAUCGUUGGGUCAGAUUGUCGCCUCGCCCGCAGUUACUCGUAUGCCAACGUAUGAAAUGGCGUCUGGAGGCCCGAUGCAAGACAACAGUGGACGUGUGCUCACGAAGAGAAAAUUGACAGAGCUCGUCAAUUCAUUGGGCGCUGACGAGGGCGAUGGAAAGACUACAAUUGAUGGUGAUGUCGAAGAACUCUUGCUAGACCUUGCAGAUGAAUUCGUCAGCUCUGUCACCAGUUUCGCGUGUCGUUUGGCGAAACAUAGAAAGGCCGAUUCGGUCGAUGUCAAGGACGUCCAAUUACACCUCGAAAGAAAUUGGAACAUCCGAAUUCCAGGCUAUGCUACUGAAGAAAUCAGAAGCACAAGAAAAUGGCAGCCAAGCGCCGCCUACAAUCAAAAAUUGUCGGGUGUCGACAUUGUUAAGUCAGUGAACGGGAACAUUAACUGA